GAUCGCUAGACCAAACCCUUCUCCUCUUUUGCUGAAGCCUAAUACCCUUGUGGCUUCCUGCAUUCUCCCUCUUCACUAGGGUUUCCGAUCUGUGAUUAAGCGAUUGAUUAUCGAAAAUGUUCGGGAGAGCGCCUAAGAAGAGCGACAACACCAAGUACUAUGAAGUACUCGGAGUCCCGAAGAAUGCAUCGCAGGAUGAUCUGAAGAAGGCAUAUAGGAAGGCUGCCAUCAAGAAUCACCCUGACAAAGGUGGUGAUCCAGAAAAGUUCAAAGAGCUUGCACAAGCUUAUGAGGUCCUGAAUGACCCAGAAAAGCGUGAAAUUUAUGAUGAGUAUGGAGAGGAUGCCCUGAAGGAAGGAAUGGGUGGCGGAGGCGGUGGUGGUGGUCAUGAUCCGUUUGACAUCUUCCAAUCCUUCUUUGGUGGAAGCCCUUUUGGAGGUGGUGGUGGUGGAAGCAGCAGAGGACGUAGGCAGCGAAGAGGGGAAGAUGUGAUUAAUCCCCUCAAGGUGUCAUUGGAGGAUCUCUACAAUGGAACAUCAAGGAAGCUUUCUCUUUCUCGUAAUGUGCUCUGUGCUAAGUGCAAAGGUAAAGGGUCGAAAUCUGGUGCAUCAAUGAAAUGCUCUGGCUGUCAAGGGUCUGGAAUGAAGGUCUCUAUCAGACAUCUUGGUCCUUCAAUGAUCCAGCAAAUGCAGCAUGCUUGCAAUGACUGUAAGGGAACUGGUGAAACCAUCAAUGACAAAGAUCGUUGCCCACAAUGCAAAGGUGAUAAAGUUGUUCAAGAAAAGAAAGUUUUGGAGGUCCAUGUUGAGAAAGGAAUGCUGAAUGGCCAAAAGAUUACAUUCACUGGAGAUGCUGAUGAAGCACCUGAUACUGUCACUGGAGAUUUAAUCUUUGUCUUGCAACAAAAAGAACACCCCAAGUUCAAGAGAAAGGGUGAUGACUUGUAUGUAGAGCAUACCUUGAAUAUCACUGAGGCACUAUGUGGUUUCCAGUUUAUUUUGACUCAUCUUGACAAUAGACAGUUGCUCAUUAAAUCACAGCCUGGAGAAGUUGUCAAGCCUGAUGAGUUCAAGGCGAUAAAUGAUGAAGGGAUGCCGAUGUAUCAGAGGCCGUUCAUGAGAGGGAAGUUGUAUAUCCAUUUUACAGUGGAAUUUCCAGAUUCAUUGAGUCCAGGGCAGUGCAAGGGAAUCGAAGCUGUGCUACCUCCUAAGGCUUCGAUUAAAAUGAGUGAUAUGGAGUUGGAUGAGUGCGAGGAAACGACUCUACAUGAUGUGAACAUUGAGGAAGAGCUUCGUAGGAAGCAAGAACAGCAAGCACAGGAAGCUUAUGAAGAGGAUGAAGAUGAUAACAUGCCUGGUGGUGCUCAGAGGGUGCAAUGUGCCCAACAGUAGUAAGUCUUUAUCUUCUUCUUAUGUCAGUGAAAUACAUUCUCUUGGGAUUUUUUUGGUUUAUUUUUAAAAAGAAGAUUAAGAUAGUAAUCUAAAUGAUGAGGUAAAAAACUAUGUUAUCCUUGAUUAACCUAAUGCUAUACUGCUGCAUUACUUUUCUUAAUGGUACCGUUUAAUCAAAUCUGUUGAGAUUUUGGUA